CCUCUUAACACUCCACUCUUUACAAACACCUCGUUGAACCAUCCAACCAUACAAAAUGAAGUUCACUAUCGUUGCUCUCGUUGGCUUCGCCAUGACCGCCGCUGCUAUUCCCGCAGUGGCACGCACCCAGCAGCAGAAGCUCUCCAUCAGCGAUGCCAAGGGCCAAUGCUCGACCGGGGACAUCUACUGCUGCAACCCCAACAACAGCGAGGAGACCGACGGCCUGCUGAACAACGUGGCGAAGAAGGGUCUUCUCAUCGAUUCUCUCAUCGAUGGGGAAAACUCUGCCUGCGCCAGCACCGAUCUCAUCAAGGAUCUUGACCUUCUUGCCUUUUUCGAGAAGGGAGACGAUGACAAGAGCUACUGCAAGAACACCAUUGCUUGCUGCCCUAACGGAAACUGCGCCGCCAUUGAUGGUUACUAAGGUGGCUCAUCGCCAGUGGCGCUGGCCCUGCCGCCAAUGCCGAUGUAAUAGUACCGGCACGCAGUCGGUCAAGCUUCACGGACUUCCACAUCAUCC